AAAGGGAGGGGCGGAAAUCGAGAGCGUGUGCUCAGCUGCAUGACUCACUCAUGAGUGUUGGAAGAAAGACGACGUGACUUUAUUUCACAAACGCAGUUAUAACAGCACCGCACGCAGCAUACAUUUCAAAUUUAAGUCAAUUUAACCAAGUUUGCGUUAGUUUCUCUCCACCUCGACGUCAGCGAAACGUUUGACCCGCUCCGCUGCGCCUGCGCCCAGAUUCAGAUAUGGUGCCCUCGCCAACACUCUCCACAAAUAUAAACACAAAUGUGACAGAGGCAUUAGAUAUGGGGCCUUUAACAUCCCUUCCUACACAAGCAAACACCACCAUGAUUCAGGUGGUAACAACAGCAGCCCCCGCCAGUCCAGACGCCGCAGUUAUAGCAGUGGUUAUUGUUCUCAUCCUGCUGACGGUAGCUGCUUUGGGCUUCCUGCUCUACCGGUAUCUCUGCCACAACAAAGGAGACUACAGGACGACGGGGGAGCCGGCUCCGGGGGACGACCCCGAUGACGAGUACAAUAACCAAGCUGCGAGCGAAAAGAAGGAAUACUUCAUAUGAAUCUUGUGAAGACUUACAGAGAGUGAGUGGAGAAAGACAAAAGGGUCUGUAAAAGACUAAAAAGGAUAUAGGACGUUUUUUUGUUUGUUUUUUUAAUGCAUCUGCGUUUUGAGGGGAGGCCGCGGCUCUCUGGACACGGGGCAGAGAAAAACCUUGUUUUAGAUUUUGUUGUGGAUAAAAACGCAGAGGCGCACAAGUGAUACCAAAGAUCAGAUUGUUACAGUAAGAGUGAAUAUUAUUGAGGAAUGAGGUGACAGACAACAGGUGUGCGUUGAGAUUAGCAGAGCUAGGCAUGAAACAGGUGGUGGGAUUUUAGUGUGCCACAGUUACAGGAUCAGCUAAUACUCAGCAGCAAUCAAAAUGUAAGAAGUUUGUCUGCUACACUAUUUAUCAGCCAGGUUUUAGGCCUCUAGUAUCUGCAAUACGCUAUUUAAUAUACUGUUUUAUUCAGACUUAUCUUUUUUUCUUUUUUUUUACACCAAACAAACCUUGUGUAAGACGUGUUGUGAAGCCAUUGGGAGAAGUUACUUUUAUAUUGAUAUGCCUUUACAAUUAUAGUUUUCCUAUGCAAUUAUUUUAUAAGCAAGUUAAAAAAACAAAACAAUGUCCUUUUUGAAUCCAGGACAGCCUAAACAUUGUUGUAUUUGACUGUGUUGUACUUGGAUUUGUAUUAUUGCUUGCCAGACAGUAACACAUGACUUCCCUAUUUGAGACAAAUAUGGAAGGCAAUAAAACUGGAUUCUGGGCUGGUGCCAUUGUACAGUGUGACAGCGUACAGUGGUGUGAAAUGCAUUUCGAAAUGGGCAGUGUCAGAAGCCCACAAUCUGACUUUGAAUGGAUGAUCAAUGCACAAAGAGUUGAAAUGUUUUAGAGAUCAUAAAGCACAUUGAGUUUGUUGGACAUGACUAGCUACAUCCAAUAUUACCCCAAGCAACACAGAAUCCCACUCUAAUGAAGCUUAUGUUCAGUAUUUGUUGACUUUUAAGAGUCAACUGACAAAAUAUGGAAACACACCUUCGAUACAUGACAUACCACAGCUUCAAAUGACCAACAAUAGAUGUGAAUUAAAAUCUGACUGUAUCAACAAGAACUGAAUUUAAUAAGCUUAUUAAAGCUGGGAUUUAUUGUGGGUUGUCGGAGUAAAUUGCGGUAACUGGCGACUCAGUGUAAUGGUAGGUGAUUGGGACAAAAAUACAGAUCCGUAUUUGACUCAAUACCUUUUUUAUAUCAAAGUGACAAUAUUUUGGUUAUUGAUUCGUUCAUACAGUAUGUAUACUAAACUAAGGUGGGUGAUAAUUAGUUAUGACAAAAAAUCUUUAGUGAUAUAGGUAUGAAGGCCAAGCAAGUAGAAGCAUCCACUCACACAAUCAAGUAAGUUGGUGAAACGAUCAAUUACCUGUGAUGCAGUCCGGCCAGGGAAAGACAACAUUUAAGCUAUAAUCACAACAAAACAAUAACCAAAUUCCCAGAUGUUAUCUCAGGUCACAGUCUUGAAAUAAAAAAAAAACAAACCCUGCCCUGUUCUAGUACAUUGUAUAUGUAAAUCAAAUUAAACAAUCAUGCAGCAUUUCAAAUUUCCAAAAUAACCUUUAUUCUAAACUUACAUUUUAAAUUUUAAGUUUAGUAUAAAAAAGUUAAGUGCACCUAAGAUCUUUUUUUUUUCUUCUUUUUUUUUCAAAGUACCCCACCUUUGACACUCAUCUCCUUUAGUAAUCUUAAAAGAUCGAACGUGUACCAAAGUCUAUCACGUCACUUUAGUACAUACAUCUAUUUUACAAAAUAUUGUAAAGAGAAUCCCUGAACUAUAUAUGUCCAUAAUCCUUCAACAAAGAGUAAUCCAUUUGCUGGCUGUGGUUGGCAUAGCAUCUACUGGUCAGCUGUAGUUUACAGUACUUCAUAUUGCUGGGACAGAGCCACCAAACAGUUGGAGCAGAGAUGGAAUAA